AUGUCAAGACAAGCAAAAAGAAUUUUAUCAUCUUUGUCUUCAAAGAUUUCAUCUCUUUCUCAUUCACAGUCUCGCUCUUUCACGGCGGCUCCUCCACCGCCUCCAGCAGUGUUUGUUGACAAGAAUACAAGGGUUAUUUGUCAAGGAAUCACCGGAAAGAAUGGAACUUUUCAUACUGAACAAGCUAUUGAAUAUGGCACUAAAAUGGUUGGUGGAGUGACACCUAAGAAGGGUGGGACUGAACACUUGGGACUUCCCGUUUUCAAUUCAGUUGCAGAAGCAAAGGCUGAAACUAAGGCUAAUGCAUCCGUGAUUUAUGUUCCUCCACCUUUCGCUGCUGCGGCUAUUUUGGAGGCAGUUGAAGCUGAAUUGGAUCUUGUUGUGUGCAUCACUGAAGGAAUUCCUCAACAUGACAUGGUUCGUGUGAAGGCUGCUAUCAACAAGCAAUCAAAAACCAGACUAAUUGGUCCAAAUUGCCCUGGUGUUAUCAAACCUGGGGAAUGCAAGAUUGGAAUCAUGCCUGGAUACAUUCACAAACCAGGGCGUAUAGGAAUUGUUUCUCGUUCUGGCACGCUGACUUAUGAGGCUGUUUUCCAAACAACUGCAGUUGGGCUAGGGCAAUCUACCUGUGUAGGUAUUGGUGGCGAUCCUUUUAAUGGCACAAAUUUUGUUGACUGUGUGAAGAAGUUUCUUUCCGAUCCUCAGACAGAAGGUAUCAUUCUUAUUGGUUUUGAAAGUGGGACUGAAAAGCCUAUUGUAGCAUUUAUUGCUGGACUUACAGCUCCACCUGGACGUCGUAUGGGUCAUGCCGGAGCCAUCGUAUCUGGAGGAAAGGGUACUGCUCAAGACAAAAUCAAGACUCUAAGGGAAGCUGGGGUGACAGUGGUUGAAUCUCCAGCAAAGAUUGGUUCUGCCAUGCUUGAUGUCUUCAAUGAGAGAGGUCUCGUGAGCUAG